CUUUAUAAAUGACGUAUAGCGGAAGUCCCACCCCUUUUACCCCUCGCUGGCGGAUUGCUCCAUUUCAGUCGGCAAACGCAACAGAAUGCCGCGGAAAAUCGAAGAGAUCAAAGAUUUCCUGCUCACAGCCAGGAGGAAAGAUGCAAAGUCCGUCAAGAUCAAGAAGAACAAGGACAAUGUGAAGUUCAAGGUGCGCUGCAGCCGGUACCUGUACACGCUGGUCAUCACCGACAAGGAGAAGGCCGAGAAGCUGAAGCAGUCACUGCCCCCAGGUCUGGCAGUGAAGGAGCUGAAGUAAAGGCUGCUGUGUACAGAAUGUAAUAAAAAUUGAAAAAGACAA